GAAACACCAGACUGGAACAUGGCUAGCUCGGCAGAUGCACGCAGCACGAUGCCGCACUAGGAAAAUACGAUCAGACUUUCUCGGCUUGUCCUGGUCGAGGCGAGAUUGCGUGGGAGCGGGGGACGGACGGGCCAAGCUGUUUUGUUUGUUCCCGGUAUAUUGCGAGGACGUGGAGAGGGGCUCGAGCCGCAAGCCUGGAAUCUUUUCAUAUCCUCGAGGCCCUGCCGGCUGCUUCUUGUCUCGGAGUUUUCAUCACCUCGCCUUUCCUUUCGAUUUGAUUCCGAUCGUCGUGCUGCUGUAUGUAAGCCUGGUGCCUGCAACCUGCACUUUUUUUCUGCACCUGCACGACGGCUGCAUCGCGUCCCACCUUGGCCGCCGUAUUCGGUCGUUUGAGCUUGAACAAGCAUUGGUGCAGGGACCACCCUCCAUGCACACUCCCGCCGUCCACCACCACCAGCCAGCAAGCACGCGGCGUUGCACAACGGCACAGUCAGUACCUGGUUCCCUGGACCUGCCGUAGCCUUGCAGCAAGGAAGAAGACCGGCUUCAUCGACAACUGGCACCCGACACCAUCCUUCCUUUUUCGAGGUGGCUGUCGUAGGCGCCGCGCAGGUCGCCUUUUGGAGGGAUUUGAAUACCGUAUUUUUUGGUUCUUUUCUCCGGCUUGGCUGCACCCGUCUCUGACGCCUGACGUGCGACUGCUGCCAAAUCCGUCUGGCCCUCGGCCUUCCAUUGUUUGUUAGCCUGGCUGUCAAUCGACGACGCAAUCGAGUCGCAGCUGCAACUUUUGUUUCUUUUUCCGGUGCCGACGACCAGUCGCUGCGACUCUGCACAGUUGGAAACCCCAGUGCCACGAGAGCUCGCCGCCGAGGGUUCCCAGGGACAGCCUUGGUCCCCACCGAACCGCCCAUUUCAGGCCAGCGAACCUGGGUUUGCAUUGUGUCAGAAAGAUUAGCUCGUCAUGCUAAGCCAGAUGCCGCGAGGCGUCGCCCAAGGAUCGCCAUGCACAACCACUCCACAACCGCCAGCAACAGCACAAACACCGUCCACGUCGCCUGCUGCUGGCCUCCAUGCGUCUCCUCGUCGCCAAGUAUCCCACUUUUCUCGCCCUGACCCACGCUGCUACCAGACUUUUGCCGCCAAUGGCUCCCCUGCGCCUCGUGAAAGCAAAACCACGCCCGACCCCGUUGGCGAUGCCGCCGCCAUUGCUUUCGGCCACACCACACCGCUCGCCACAGCCGCCACCACCAACGAACCCUAUCAGCCGUAUCGCCGAUACCCGUCCCACCACCACCAGCCCGUCCACGAGCACUCUAGCGGAGCUUGGUCCAGCAGCAACAGUGUUGAUCCUCCCGCCGAUGGACUGCCCCUAGCGGCCCCGGCCUUCCCCUCCCGCGGCCGCCACCAGUCGAUCUCGAGUCUGCUGCCACUUGCCAUCGCCAACCGAGCCAACUCUCCCGGGAGGAGGCACCGGUCCGCCCUGUCGGAAGCCGCGAUGCCUCUCACGGGUGACGGCAGGUUAAGGAAUGGUGGGAAGGGCGCUCUGGUUGGUUGGUUUUCAUCAGCGGCGAGCGACGCAAACGUUGCCAGCGGUAUUCCGACGAUAGCAACCCCGAACGACGAGAUGGCCACUCCAUUACGUCGAACCCGAUCCUCUAUCUCGACCGAGAGCCAACAAGCGAGCUCGAGCUCCUCGCCUGCACCAUCCCGAUUCGGGUUCUUGUCGGCAAUAUCAUCGGCUCUGAGCACACAAACUCUCACGCCGACCGGGAGCCCCAACCGCAAUGCCACUGGCGAUAAGGACGACGAAAUAUUGGCCAUGGACGUCGAGGCGGCCCUAUUCCCCGGCGGUCUUCCUGUGGCCGGCGAGGCCUUUUCGCCUUCGGCCUUCAAAAACCUGCAGAUGAACGCAACCGCGGCCGCCCGUCGCCUGCAGGGGGCGUACCGCCAGCGGACGGUCGAGGCCCGCGACAUGGCCGCUGAGAUGGAGGCCCAGCGCGAAGAGCUCGAAGAGGCAACGACCCGCUCGGCGCACUUUAAAAUGCAACUAGAAGAUAUGGCCGCAAAGGCCGACGAGCACGAGCAGGCCAUGCGCAGCCUCCUCGACGAGCUCGCCGCUGAGCGCCGCAAGACGGCCAAGCUUUUGCAGGGCCAGCGCAGCGACGGCCUGCUCCAGGUACCCGCAACCUCCGAAGGCUCGAUUUCCGAAGACCUGGGCGUCGACGCCGCCGAGGAGGACCAGAAUCGGCGGCGGAGGAUACAGAGGCAGUGGCGCGGCAGCGGCGGUACCGUCAACAGCUUCGACACGGACGACGACGAGAGUGUGGCCGAAAGCGAGAGCGUUUUCUCGUCGCGCUGCAGGAGCCCCACGUCUGCCGCCACCACCGACGGGUCGGAUCCGAGCAGCAUACUGUCGCCGGCAUCCUUCACACAGUCCCCAACAACUGUCCUGUCCCCGCCGCCGCCGCACCACAGCAGGCGAGCCCCGCUGGGCUCGAGACCGCCACUUUCUCCAUUACCGCAGCAGCAACCGCCACAACCACAAAUGACAACAUUCCAGCGACUCGUUAAGGGCGUGACAUCUGGGCCCGCCCCUGGCCAGGCAGCCGACGGCGCUAUUGUCAGUAGCUGUUCGAACUGCCAGGGCCUGGAUGCCUCAGUUGCGUGGGACACGGUGAACCUGCUCAAGGACGAGAACCACGCCUUAAAGGAACGAAUGAACGAGCUCGAGGACGCCGUGGAAGGGGCCCUUGACCUAGUGAACGGCAUAGGGCUAUGAUGAUGUACCAUGAGGAAGGUCAUGUACCGCUUCCUUGCGCAUGAGCAUAUAUACCCCAGGCUAGGGUCUCUUUGUUUUCUUCUUUGUUUUCUUCUUCUUUACUUCUUUCUAGCCGCCGAGGUUGCCCUUUCUGGGAUUUUUCAUGGUUUUUUUUUAUAGCACCAGAUUGGAUCUGGGUUUGCGACUGGAUGUCUUCGUUUUCGCCUACCAUUUCAUUCUUAUGUUAGUGAUAUCCAGGUUAGAUACGGUGGGCCGAUAUGGCAUGGAUUCCCACGAAGAGGAAACAGAAAUAUUCGACUGAAUAUGAUUCC